GGAAUAUGGGAGAGAGGUAACGUCAUCACCGUAGCGGCAGCGGCAACUUUCAACCAGAGUGGUCGGAGGAUAAGCGGCGGCUUUGGGCCUAGCGAGGGAGGGUCCGCUCGGGAAUGGCUUGCAGUUUCCAGAAGCUAUUUUCUGUUGGUGAAGAGUUUGAUGAUGAUGAUUUAUUAUCAGCUGUGUUGGAUGUUGAAAGCACAACUACAAACUCAUCCGGAACAAACCCUUGUGUUAGAUUAAGACCCAUUGCUUCAGUCCUCAGGACACCAGCUAGGUCAUGUUAUGAACCCAGGAGCUUUCCACGUGGCACCUUAGGUCAGAGGUACUACCAAUCAGAAUAUGGCUCUACUUCAAAGAAUGUGUUGAUCGAUGAUGACCCUACAAAAAAAACAUUGCCAGCAUCAAUAGAUGCCUCUUUAAAAUCACUAACAUGGUUAAACGACCCAAGUAAUGAGCAGAACUCAACCCCUGACUUCAAAUUUAUUAGUAAUGUCCAGCAGAAGAACAGCACUGAAGUUGGCUCAUGUGAGGAAAUUGAUGAUUUAUUUUGGUCUGAUUGUAAGGAGUGGAAUGAAGCUGCAAAUGUACAGAAUUCAGAGACCAAGAGACCAACUUUUUGUGAGAAUAGAGUUUUAACCCCUGGGGUUGUUCCUUCUCCAAUAAAUCCAAGAGCUGAUCAUGCAAAAAUACCAGCAAAGUUGCCAAAGCAUGAGAAAGCUGAUGAUGGCAAGGGUGAAAAUUCCAAAAUGGCUAUUGCGUGUAAGAAUAGUCAAGCAACGAUUGGAAUAAAGGAUGCAAGCAAAACUUUUAAGUUCAUCAAUCAUCCAUCAUCUGGAUUCAACCAAUGUCCAAGAGCUUUGAGCAAUUCAAAUGUUGGUGGAGUUGCAAAGAGAGAAACCAAGAAUUCUUGUCAGAUAAUUGAAAGUCAUGGUUACUCUGCUGCACUGUUGACUGCUGCGCCAAGCACUGGAUCAUGUAGUCCUAUUCCAUCCAACAUUAUUAGAUCAGGAAAAGAAUUAUUAACACCGGUGCCACAAAAUCAUUUAGGCAAAAACAUGCUAGGUAAUACUUUAAACCCAGGUAAGCUUGUGUCUCCAGAUCUGCAGUCUCAAUCUGCACACCAGCAAAUAAGCUCUACUGCCUUGAGAAACUGUCCAAAUCCAAUGCUACUGAGACCAAGGACACCUCUUCAGAACUCUUCAACCCCUAGACACAAUGGAGACAUCAAACGACCAAAUAUGUCCACUAUUGAACCUCGAGCAUUAAUGUGUGCUAUAGAAAGCCCAUCAGCUGCUGUUGGCGCUAUGUAUUCACCCGCAGCAAAUUCAGGUUGUGUGGGAAGACCUGUUACCAAUCACUUGAUUCAGUUGGUAUCAGCUGCUAAUCGGACACCAGAAGCUGUGAGAUUGGACAGGCCGCGGCCAAAAAGACGCUUUCCUGGACCUGCUGGAAUUCUUCCACAACAGCAUCUUGGUAAAAACCUGGACAAUGUCUUCAUUUCAGCGCCACAGACGCCAACGCAUGGUGCAGUGCCAAAGCUACAGUCUCAGGAGGUUCCUAGUUCUCAACAAUCUGAAGAUGACUUUGGGAGAGGCCCAUGGGCUGCCAUGAAAGCAGAGUUAAGAUUGGAUGAGGAAGAUGCUGACUGUUUCCUUCGAAGCUAUAGCAUUGUCAUGGUUCUACGGAAGGCAGCCUUAAAGCAGCUCCCAAAAGGCAAGGUCCCCAGUAUGGCAGUACUUCUAAAGUCACUGACACGCACAAACACUGAUGCCAGUGCUGUGUUUAAGGAUCCAUCAGGAAAGAUGCAAGGUACCAUUCACCGACAGCUUCUAGUUGAACAACCGAAUAAUCUAAAGGUUGGAACAGUGCUUCUCUUGAAACAGGUUGGUGUAUUUUCUCCAUCACUUAGGAAUCAUUAUUUGAAUAUAACACCAAGCAAUGUGAUAAAAAUUUAUCCACAAGAUGCUAGUGAAUGCAUUCAUAACCAGCUGGUUCAGAGUCCUCAGAACCACAUUGAAGUUCAACAAUCCCCCUUUGACUUACUGGUCAAGUCUCCUUCUGAACCUAGAUGUGAUUCUUUAAUCACAAACAGAAAUUCCUGCACAGGCACCACAUCGUGGGAUUCUCAGGCACUCCCUUCCAGUACAAGGAAGGAAAGCGCAGAAAUAUCUUUACACCCAGAUGCUGCAUUACAAGAACGUUGUGAUGAAGACUGGGAAGCAGAUGGUCUUGAUUGCCUGAUGGCUGAACUGCCAGAGGAAUUCUUCACCACGCUUUAGAGCCUCAUUAGAAGUCCCUGUGAGAAACACAAAAUUGAAUCCAGGAUAGCUUAUUUAUUUGUUUUGUUUCUGCUUAAACCGAUAAUUGUGAACUACAAGUCUGCUUCCAUGUCCACUGGGAAUUGGAUUAAUAUGAGACUACGCAAUUACUUCAUUUAGGACCUGACAUUUUCUCCUGGAUUAGGAAUCAGGCUUGGAGGUGAUGCCACUGUUCAGAUAUGCUGCAACAGUCUUCCUACAUUACUGUAACAUAUACUUUUGGUGCAUUUAAAAUGAACUGAAGUGUUAAUCUACUUUACAAUUUGUAAUUGUUUAGUUGAAGCCUGAGGGUUUUUUGCUAAAUCUUGCUGUAUAUUGAAUGAGAAAAGAGUGCUGAUUUUUGACAUUUAUUAAAAUCUGGAUUUUGUCGGAGA